AUGGGGCUCAAGAAAAAGACCCCACAAUAUACGACCACCGUCUUGGAAGAACAACCUCAAUUAUCCGACGAAGAAGAAGAAGAUGACGAUGAAGAAGAAAGUUGUUCUUCUAUUUCAUCUGUAGAAGAAGAUAUUGCCCCACCCGUCAGUAUAUCAUCUGCUCCCACUGUCAUAUCACAUCAUGAUGGCAAAUAUAUCAAGACAAAGACCAAACACAAGAAAUACAGUCAGGAGUUUGCUCGUCUCAUGCUGGCACAAACCAUCAAUACUUCAUACAACGAACAGACGGAUCAUCAACAUCGUCGUAUGUCGUCCGAUUCAUCAGCAGAGCCUAACCCUAAUCAUCCUUAUGGUGCUAUCUGGGCAUUACGCUUUAGUAAAGAUGGAAAAUACUUGGCUUCUGCUGGUCAGAGUUGUGUUGUUCUUCUCUGGAAAUUACUGUUGAAUGGAGAGGAAUCCAUCAAAGUAUUGGAUGAAGCACCCCAUAUGGAAUAUAAGGGUCAUACAGCAGAUAUCCUCGAUCUUGCGUGGUCUAAGAACAAUUUUUUACUUUCUAGUUCCAUGGAUAAUACAGUGAGAUUGUGGCACACCACACAAAAAGAUUGUCUCUGUGUAUUCCAACAUUUGAAUUUCGUUACUGCCAUUGAUUUCCAUCCUAAGGACGAUCGAUUUUUCUUGUCAGGCUCGAUGGAUGGAAGAAUUCGUAUAUGGAGUAUUCCCGAAAAACGAGUGGCGUUUUGGAACGAAAUUCCCGACAACAAAUUAGCCACAGCAGUUGCUUUUACGCUCGAUGGUAAAACCGUCAUUGCAGGUUCGCACGACGGUCAUUGUUAUUUCUUUGAAACCCAAAGCUUAAAAUAUAACACACAAAUUUCCGUCAUGAACGAUACUUCCAGUAACAGAAACGCAUCAUCUAAGAAAGGCCCGAAAAUCACAGGAAUUGAAGUCAUGCCCGGUUUACCACCUGGCGAUGAAAAAAUAUUGAUCACCAGUAAUGAUUCUCGUGCCACGUUUAGUGAUGACGGAAGAUACAUCAUUAGUGGAUCUGAGGAUUGUCAUACUUAUAUUUGGCGAACGGAACAAUCCAGUGUCAACUCUCCUUUACAUCAUUUACAAGAAACCAGAAAUAAAGCCAUGUCAGCGUUGGGACAUGUAGGCGAAUCCACCCUAAGUGGCUUUGGUAGCUUCGAUAGCCCAUCACCGCAACAACAAACACGGAUAUCCAAAUGGCUUAAAAGACGAGGAGGAGGGGAUGAUCAUCAUCAUCAUGCCAGCAACAAGAUUCGUAGUCGAACCGAGUACUUUGAAUCACAUGACCACGUGGUCACCAGUAGUAUUUUUGCCCCAACAAAGACACGACAAUGGGUGGCGAAAUCACGACAAGAUACCAUUUAUAAUAACACACCCAUUAAUUUGCGUCGCAUGUCUACAGCCAGUAGUGGGGGAUCGCUUUUAUUUAAUGAAGAAGAGGUCUAUCCGGAUGGACAUAUCAUCAUCACUGCAGAUUACCGUGGUUUGAUUAAAGUAUGGCGUAUUGAUUCGGGGUCCUAUACCAAUCAUGCAACCAUUGAUACCCAGACAUCAUUACUUUCUGAAUCUGCCACUUUUAAACCUUCCUCUCCCAAAGUGAAAAGAAACUUUGGUGGUUUAUUUGGUGCACGAAAUAAUAAAAAUUGA